AGGAGCCCUGACACACCGCCGGAGGAAUCGCACAGCGCCGCGUCCGCGCCAUGCUGCCGGCCACACAGAGGGACUGUUGUUCCCGUUAAAUCGUUUCUUUAAUUUUAGCAAAGGGACUUGCCAUUGACGUCAAAGCAAUGCAGAAGGAGAGUUAUAACUGUGGAGCCGAGGACAGCGCGCACAUGUCAGCGCCUGAACAGCCACGAUUUCUCCAGUGAAAUGAAUCUCAGCAGGAAAAUGCCUGCACCUUCAUGCUGAUUUCCACCAAAAAGCAAAGAUCAACGAAGGACCGAGACCCCCUUUUUUGCCAGGAAUAAACUUAUGAAUUGCCCUUGUGAACUUAUUCCUUGUCCAGGUGAGCAGGCGGUCGCAGAGCGUGUAAUUUGGUCGAUGUUGAUGGUUAAGAAUUGAGGAGGGUCGCAGCUGUUGAUCAUUAUCGCCAAAGUCUUAAUUAAUUUUCCCGACGCGGAUGAUCGGACAGCUACGAGGGCGAUGCAUGGUGGCUGUGCUCGCUGACAAGACGACUUGUUGUGUUUGCACCGCUGUGCCGCGACAACGACACAAGGAUUCAUUGACGGCCACUGGGGAAAGACUGGAGGAGCAUAUCAAACAGUAUGUGCCGAUGAGUGAAACGGUGGGGGUAUAAGCGAUAGAAGAGGGGAAAGGGGGGAAAAGGAGAGGCGUUAGGGCUUCCAGCGACGGGUAAGUGGAGAUCGUAGCCGUGGGUCUGGCGAAGGAGAAGUGAAGCAGAGACAGCGGUGCGGCGGGGCGCACUGGCCGGCAGCGUGCAACCCGCAUGAUCAUUGAUCGGGUCGCCGCUCUCAGAGCAUCUCCGGGAGACACGGGGUGAGGGAGCGAAACGACGCCACCGAACAGCACGGCCAUGAGCAACGGGGCUUUUUGCCUGUUUGUUUUAUGCGCGGCGUUUCUCGCCGGGCUGCAGUGCGCAUCGCAGAAGAGCCCGAUCGGGGUCGGGGUCGGGGUAACCCUACCCAGCACGGUGGUGGCGGGCAGCGGGGAAGCCAGCGGGAAAAAAGACGCCAACCAGACGCACUUCGCCAGACAGAGGAGGACAAACCUGUCCGUGGAUUUCGUCGUUCCCUCUCUCUUAAGAAACUACCUGUCUGAAUUCAUAAAGCGCCCGCUGAACGGCGACUGCCAGCAUGCAGACGGAUGCUACACGGUGCGGGCGAACUUAAGGAUGCACUGCGUCCCCCUGCAAAAAACCGUCUCCAGUUUUCUGGAGAGCAAGCCGGGCGCCGCCGACCCCCCCGACAAUGUUUCAGCCGCUGGGCAGCUCCCGUACAGGAACAAGCGGCCGCCGUCCAGGGUCCUGAAUUUCGCGCUGACCAAGGACGGUAGGAAAUCCAAUCAGGUGGUUAUGGAGAUCGGGGAGGAGAGCGUCCGGACGGGCUGCGGGGGUCUCUCCGUGGACGGGGACCCCCCUCAGGGUACACUGGAAAUAGACCUCACCCGCAUUUUGGAGUGGUGGCUGGGAGCCGGAGGGGGACGACUCAGGGUCAGGCUCAUACCCGAGAGACGAGCACAAGUCCCAGGAAGAGAGGAGAAGUACUCGGCCGCGAUCCGAGCGGCUGAUCCCCGCCUCUUCCUCCAGAUCGCUUCCCGUGGUACGCCUCAGGCCGCCCAGCGUAGCGCCGUUCCCAGAGGCUACUGGAACUUCACCUGGACAGCAGAGGAUGAGCUCAGCUUCCCAGAGGAGACGCCAGAAGCCGAGUCCCGCUGCCAUGGCAACGGCAGGCAGGCUUGCGGAUGGCCCCUGGGAGAUGGACCGGACUUCAGCUGGAGCGUGCUGCCGGCCCAGGACCUGCGCGAGUCGGAACGGGCAGGUCGUGUGCCGCGCGCCUGGGAUGAAGGGCAGUUCCUGUCUGUGAACGGCUCCGUCCUGGGGGGCCCCUGGGUGACCAGUCCUUGGCUGCGGGGGGGCCGCUGGCGCUGCAGCUUGGACAUGUCCAUCUUCCUCCACCCCCAGCAGAGUGGACGCUACACGGUGUGGCUAAUUGAACGAGACAAGAAGCCCAGCGUUCUGCUCACCACUGACACGCCACGCAGCCCGGGCUGGGUGAUUCUGCGGCUCACCAUGGGAGCCCGGGUGAACCCCUUCCGGAUCUCGUCCGGCUACAGCCAAGCGGGAGACGCGGGAACCGCCGCCUUCGAUCCGGACUUCACCACCAACUGCACCCUGGCCUCGUCUCCCACGCCCAACAUCACCCUCCAGGGUUGGUACCGCUGUCAUCAGGGACCGCUGAUCACCAUGGGACACAUGUGCGACUUCCGGACGGACUGUCCCCACGGCGACGAUGAAGGACACAUGUGCAGUCAUUUUAUCAACGGCAGCUACUGCUCGUUUGAGGCCGGCGACUGUGGAUGGCACUCCGUCUCCCCACGGGGCCCAUCCUGGAAGCUCCAGGCCUCCGAGCCAGGGGCCCCCGCCGCGAGCUGUCAGCCCCGAGGGACUGUCAUUGCUGCAAGAGGCGGUCCGUCUAAAGGCCAGCAGGGGGCAGCGUUGCUCAGGAGCCCUCUUUUCCCUCCACCUCUCAGGAACUCCUCAUGCAUGGUCCGUUUCUGGAUGUGUUCUGGAGGCCUCCACAGGGAGGAGCUGUCUGUCUGGGUGGUGGAGAACGGCACAGGGCCCGACAUACGGCGGAGACUGUGGCACUCGGCUGACAAGGCCCAUGCAGGACCAGGCGGGAGGCUGGUCGUCAUCCCGCUGUACAGGCUAGCGGACUGGUUCUGGCUGCAGUUCAGCGCCGAGGAACUCUCAGGUCCCGGGUCGCUCCUCUGCCUGGACAACGUCUCCCUCAGCCUGGACUGCUUCCUGGCCUCCAAUGGAGAGUUUCCUCCAGUUGUUCCCAUGGUACCCGAUCUGUCAAACCCGAGUAUGAUGGUCACUCCUUCAGCCACUGAGGAUCCGCAUUCGACGAUUCUAAUACCGCCCCCAAGUGACGCCAAGUGGACCUUCCACACCUGUGGGGCCACUGGACCCGUCGGCCCCACCCCCACUCAGUGUAGCAAUUCCUAUCGGAACACCAACAUCAACAUCACCGUGGGAACCAAGGGGAUGCUCAAGGGCGUGCAGAUGUGGAAGGUUCCUGAGACGGGAACCUACAGGAUCACGGGCUACGGGGCCGCCGGUGGCCGCAGUGUGGUGGCCACAGCCAGGUCGCACGGGGUCUACGUCACCGCAGACUUCCACCUGCAGCAGGACCAGCUGCUCUACAUCCUGGUGGGACAGCAGGGGGAGGACGCCUGUCCGAACUCCAACCACACGCUCAACAAGGUGUGUUUAGAGCAGACAUUGCUCAUUGAUAGCAAGACCAAAAGAGCAAAAUUGCCAGGAGGUGGAGGCGGAGGGGGUGGAGCCACGUACAUUUUUAAGAUGGAAAAAGGGGUUCCAGUGCCCCUGCUCAUAGCGGCUGGCGGUGGGGGGCGUGGCUACAGCAGCCAAUCAGAGAGCCAGGAGGAGCUGCUGGACAUAGACCCCAGUGUACUCGGGACCAAUGGACGCUCAGGAGUUGCAGGUGGCGGUGGGGGCUGGAACGACAGUAUGCCAGUGGCGACUCAGGGUGGUAGGCCUCUCCUGCUGGGGGGCCAGGGGGGCGCGUCCUGCCGGUUUGGCUGGCAGACACAAGGGGGCUUCGGGGGAGGGGGUGGAGCCUGCUCCUCUGGUGGUGGAGGAGGGGGCUACAGAGGAGGCAGCACCGCUCGGGACGAUGACCCGAACCACGACGGGAAAGACGGCUCAUCUUUCGUCAGUCCCAUCGGAGAGACCUUCAUCGAGCCUCUGAAAGGGAUCGAGGGUCACGGGGAGGUCGUUAUCUCGCCUGUGCUGAACUGCAGCCACUGCGAGACUGGCGAUUGCCAUGAGAGCGGCGAUGAUGUCGUGUGCUUCUGCGAGGAGGACCUGGUUCUGGCCACUGACGGGGUGUCCUGUGUCAACACCACAGCGCUGACCCAGCUGCCACUUCCCCAGCUGGCCUUGGGUCUCUCCGUGGGCACCUCUGCCCUCAUCGCUGCCCUACUGCUGGCGGUUUCUGGCGUCAUGAUCAUGUACAGACGCAAGCAUACAGAGCUGCAGUCCAUCCAGCUGGAGCUGCAGAGCCCCGACUGCAAGCUGAGCAAGCUGAGGGCCUCCACCAUCAUGACCGACUACAACCCCAACUACUGCUUUGCUGGCAAGACGGCCUCCGUCAAUGACCUGAAGGAGAUUCCACGUCGCAACAUCUCGCUCACCAGGGGGUUGGGCCAUGGUGCGUUUGGAGAGGUCUAUGAGGGCCUUGCAGUAGGCAUACCUGGAGAGCCAAGCCCCAUGCAGGUGGCUGUAAAGACCCUUCCUGAGGUUUGCUCCGAGCAGGACGAGUUAGACUUCCUCAUGGAGGCUCUGAUCAUCAGUAAGUUCAACCACCAGAACAUCGUGCGCUGCAUUGGCGUCAGUCUUCAAGCCCUGCCGCGUUUCAUUCUGCUGGAGCUCAUGGCGGGAGGAGACCUAAAGAGCUUCCUCAGAGAGACUCGACCCAGAGUGGACCAGCCCUCUAGCCUGAACAUGGUGGACCUGCUGAACGUGGCCCGGGACAUUGCUCGGGGCUGCCAGUACCUGGAGGAGAAUCAGUUCAUCCACAGGGAUAUAGCGGCCCGGAACUGCCUGCUGACGUGCAAAGGACCGGGAAGAGUGGCCAAGAUCGGGGACUUUGGGAUGGCCAGAGAUAUAUACAGGUAUGCAUGGUGACGUGGGAUCGCUGUUGAUGAGGAACAG